AAUGACAGUAGGCUCGUUCGCCACACCAGUCAGUGUUUCCCGAACUGCUGUCAGUGACAGUUCCACAAUCAUGCGGCGCCGAAUCGUCGAUUAUUGAUUCGUAUUGAUCCGUAACGAAGAGAUCCUUUUUUUCUUUUUUUGCUCCAGUAAUAGUGUUCGCGUUUUGUUCAAUUAUUUUUUCAAAAAUUAGACACUGUGUUCGGAGAAUUUUUCUAUUCUCGCGCGGUGCUACGUCACGGACCUUUAUUGUUUUUGUUGUUUUGAAUAGUUGGAAUAAAUAUGGCGUCGAACAGCAGAAUUACCUGGAGGCUGCUGCUCGUCUGCUUCGCGGUGCUGCUUCUAGGCCUCCUACAGCAUGCCGAAGGCGCGAGAAAGAGAUUCCGCAGACCGACGACUUCCGCCCCGUCGAUCUCGAACGAUCAGGAGGUCUCAGCCAGUGUCAACAGGUUCAAGGUCACGCGAAAUCGUGUCAGCAACAAGAACACGAAGAACGAGCUGCAACCCGGCAAGACGAACGAUUACAAGCUGGUGUGUUAUUACACCAAUUGGUCUCAGUAUCGCACAAAGAUCGGCAAGUUCCUGCCGGAGGACAUUCAACCUGAUCUCUGCACCCACGUAAUUUUCGCCUUCGGGUGGCUGAAGAAGAACAAACUGACUAGUUUCGAAUCGAAUGACGAAACGAAGGACGGCAAGAUCGGCCUGUACGAAAGGGUAGUGAAUCUUAAAAAGGCUAAUCCAUCCCUGAAGGUCCUGCUCGCGAUCGGCGGUUGGUCCUUUGGCACGCAGAAGUUCAAGGACGUGUCCUCGACGAGAUAUGCCCGACAGACCUUCAUCUACAGUGCUAUACCAUACUUGCGAGACAGAAACUUCGACGGCCUUGACAUCGACUGGGAAUAUCCAAAGGGUGGGGAAGACAAGAAGAAUUACGUUCUGUUGCUGAAGGAGCUCCGGGAAGCUUUUGAAGCGGAGGCACAAGAGAGGAAGAAACCCCGUCUUCUGUUAACCGCCGCUGUACCAGUCGGACCUGACAAUGUCAAGAGUGGAUAUGACGUGCCUGCUGUUGCCAGCUUAUUUAGAUUUAUUAAUCUCAUGGCCUACGACUUUCAUGGCAAAUGGGAGAGAGAAACCGGUCAUAACGCUCCUUUGUACGCCUCGUCAUUGGAUUCGGAAUGGCAGAAGCAAUUGAGCGUUGAUAAUGCAGCCACGAUGUGGGUUAAACUAGGUGCACCGAAGGAAAAAUUGAUUAUAGGCAUGCCUACGUACGGCCGGUCCUUUACUCUUUCAAAUCCAGCAAACUUCCGCGUACAUUCAGCAGCUAGUGGUGGCGGAAAAGCAGGAGAAUAUACCAAGGAGUCAGGUUUUCUCGCGUAUUACGAGAUCUGUGAAAUGCUACACAAUGGCGCCGGCUACGUUUGGGAUGACGAGAUGAAGGUACCCUACCUGGUGCACAAUGACCAAUGGGUCGGUUUCGACGACGAGAAGUCUAUCAGGAAUAAAAUGCAGUGGCUGAAGAGCAAGGGUUACGGAGGUGCCAUGGUGUGGACAAUCGACAUGGACGACUUCAAUGGCACCGUUUGCGGUGGAAAUGUUCGAUACCCUUUGAUCGGCGCGAUGAGGGAGGAACUCAGGGGUGUUUCGCGCGGUUCCAACGCGAAAGACAUCGACUGGAGCGCGGUUGCCUCCACUAUCACGGAGACGAUCGUGAAGAAACCGGAAGCUUACAAGAUUUCUGUUUCGGAAGUCCUUAACAAGAAGAAGCUUCAGAAAGCUACGACACUCGUCAUUAAUACUCCAACUCACGAGAGAGAGGCUCAAACUAUUUGUUACCUGACAAAUUGGUCACACAAAAGGCCAGGUAUGGGACGAUUCAGUCCGGAGGACAUCGAUCCGACUCUUUGCACGCACGUGAUAUACGCGUUUGCAACUCUGAAAGAUCAUUUACUUACCGAAGGAAGCGAUAAAGACGCUGAAAUGUACCAACGAUUAAUCGCACUCCGCGAGAAGAAUCCAGACAUUAAGAUUCUUCUUGCGAUCGGAGGAUGGGCAUUCGGCUCGACUCCUUUUAAGGAACUUACCAGUAAUACAUUCCGAAUGAAUCAAUUCGUCUAUGAGGCUAUCGAUUUCUUGCGAGAAUAUAAAUUUGACGGAUUGGAUGUUGACUGGGAAUAUCCAAGAGGAGCCGACGACCGGGCGGCCUACGUUAAUCUUUUAAAGGAGUUAAGACUGGCUUUCGAGGGCGAAGCAAAAAGCUCCGAUCAACCGAAAUUGAUCCUGUCAGCCGCAGUGCCCGCAAGUUUCGAAGCCAUUGCUGCAGGAUACGAUGUUCCUGAAAUAUCGAAGUACCUAGAUUUUAUCAAUGUAAUGGCAUAUGAUUUCCAUGGUCAAUGGGAGAGACAGGUUGGCCACAACAGUCCGUUAUAUCCUUUAGAAAGCGCUACCAGUUAUCAGAAAAAGCUGACAGUGGAUUAUAGUGCACGAGAAUGGGUGAAACAAGGAGCUCCGAAGGAAAAGCUCAUGAUAGGAAUGCCCACGUACGGUAGGUCCUUUACGCUGGUCGACAAAGACAAGUUCGAUAUUGGUGCACCAGCAUCUGGUGGCGGAUUGGCUGGAAAUUUCACCAACGAAUCUGGAUUCUUGUCCUAUUAUGAGGUCUGUAGCUUCUUAAACGAAGAUAAUACGACUCUGGUAUGGGAUAGUGAGCAACAAGUACCAUUUGCGUACAGAGAUGAUCAGUGGGUUGGAUUUGACGACGAAAGAAGUCUUAUAAAUAAGAUGGCUUGGCUUAAGGAAGAAGGCUUCGGAGGCGUCAUGAUCUGGUCAGUUGAUAUGGACGACUUCAGAGGAUCUUGUGGAGCAGGAAGGUAUCCGCUGAUCAAGACAAUGAAGAAGGAACUGCAGAGCUACAAAGUCAAGCUAGAGUACGACGGUCCUUAUGAAAGUACCUCGAGAAGUGGAAAAUAUACUACUAAGGAUCCGAAUGAGGUACUGUGUGACGAGGAAGACAAUCAUAUAUCUUAUCAUGCGGAUAAGAAUGAUUGCACGAUGUAUUAUAUGUGUGAGGGCGAACGCAAGCAUCACAUGCCUUGCCCAGUGAAUCUGGUCUUCAAUCCCAAUGAGAACGUUUGCGAUUGGCCGGAAAAUGUCGAGGGUUGUUUGCAGCAUACGCAGGCGCCACCCGUUUAAAAGCGAGAAACAUAAUAAAGAGUAAAUAAAAUUUGUAAAAUAAAAAAAAACGACGAAAAU